AUGGCUGAAGAAGAGGACUUUAGCUCGCUGCCCUUGACAGAUCGCUGGGUACACAAGGUAUGGAAAGUCCGAAAGCAGGCAUAUGAAGAGGCGGCCCAGCAGUUCGAAAAGACACCAGACGAGUACGACCCAGCCUUCCGACCCUUCGUUCAAGACCCGAGUUUGUGGAAGUCAGCCGCAGCAGACUCCAAUGUUGCCGCCCAACAGGAGGGUCUCGCUGCGCUUUGCGCAUUCCUCAAAUUCGGUGGCCGCGAUGGCGCGCUAAGGGCCCGCCAACACGCGGUGACGCCAAUCGUCGAAAAGUGCCUUUCCUCCACUAGAGCGGCCACCAAGGCCUCUGCGCUCGAGGCAUUGCUCCUCUUCAUCGAGGUCGACGUACCCGGGCCGGUCAUUGAGGAGAUCCUCCCUGUCUUAUCCAACAAAGUCCCCAAGGUUGUCGCCGCAGCGGUAGCGACUUUGACUCAGAUCUAUCACAACUACGGCUGCAAGACCGCGGACCCCAAGCCGGUACUCAAAAUCCUGCCGAAGGUAUUCGGCCACGCAGACAAAAAUGUCCGCGCAGAAGCCACAAAUCUCGCCGUCGAGUUCUACCGGUGGCUGCGAGACGCGAUGAAGCCCAUGUUCUGGAACGACCUGAAACCGACGCAGCAGACCGACCUUGAGGCACAGUUUGAAAAGGUCAAGGCGGAAGGCGCACCCAAACAAGAACGUCUCUUGAGGUCACAGCAAGCCGCCCAGGAGCGUGCUCCGGCCGGCGGUGCCGGAGAUGAGGAGUAUGACGACAACGGUGGGCAAGAGGAGGAGCCAGCUGAGGUGGAUGCGUUCGACCUGGCCGAGCCACAAGACGUGAUCAGCAAGGUUCCGAAAGACUUCUUUGACAACCUGAGCUCCUCAAAGUGGAAGGAAAGAAAGGAAGCGCUCGAGGCUCUGCAUGCCAUUGUCAACGUUCCGAGGAUCAAGGACGCAGACUUUGGCGAGAUUAACCGCUGCCUGGCCAAGUGCAUGAAGGACGCAAAUAUUGCAGUCGUCACGCAGGCUGCGCAGUGCAUUGAACUACUUGCCAAGGGCCUGCGGAAAGGAUACGCCAAGUACCGCUCUACCGUCAUGCAGCCCAUCAUGGAGAGGUUGAAGGAGAAGAAGCAAACAGUCGCUGAUGCCCUCGGCGCAGCCCUGGACGCUGUGUUCUUGUCCACCGAUCUCACCGAGUGUCUCGAGGAUAUUACCACGUUCCUUGCCCACAAAAAUCCGCAGGUCAAGGAGGGCACCAUGAAGUUUCUUGUCAGGUGCCUGCGCACAACAAGAGACGUGCCCAGCAAGCAGGAGAUUGCGUCUAUGGUUGAGUCGGCUAAAAAGCUCCUCUCAGAGGGCAGUGAGGCGCUCCGCUCAGGAGGCGCCGAGAUUUUGGGGACCAUCAUGAAGAUCAUCGGCGAUCGAGCUAUGAAUCCUCACCUCGAGGGCCUCGACGACAUCCGCAAAACCAAAAUCAAGGAAUUCUACGAGACAGCCGAGGUCAAGGCCAAGGACAAACCAAAGCCCCCGCCACCGGCUGCCCGCGCUCCUCCAGGCGGUCCCAAGAAGGUUAUGGGUGGCAAGAAAGCGACAGCCGGCGUGAAGAAACCCGCCCCUGCUGCUGCACCUCCCCCAGAACCAGCGCCCGCACCUGUCGCCGCGGCCGCGCCGAAACCCGGGCCGGCCAGCAAACUCGGCAUGCCUAAACUGGGCGGCUUCAAAGCACCCCAGAAGCGUACGCUUGGCGGACCAGGUGCUGCUUCACCUCGGCGGCCAGCACCAGCUCCUUCCCCUCCUCCAAUGGAAGAAGAACCGCCAGUAUCACCACCUCCAGCCAAACCGGCCCCGCGUCUCGGGCUUGGCCGUGGUGGUCUCGCCGCCCGCUCGUUGGCGAAGCCUGCCGCACCUUCUGUGCCGGUCGCACCGCCAUCUCCAACGCCUACCUCCGGGAUCUCGUCAAUUGAGCGAGCCGAGCUCGAAGAGCUCCGGAUGGCCAACGAGCGGUUGCUUAAGUCGCUGGACGAAGCGCGACACGAGCGCUCCAAGUUAAUGUCGGAGAUCCAAGAGCUCAAGAACCAGAAUGCGAGUCUUAUCGAGGACCACACGAGGGAUGUGCUCUCUAUCAAAGCAAAGGAGACGCAGCUUGUCAGAGCACGAAGCGAUGCCGAGGCGGCGGAGCAGACCAACGAUCGGCUACGGCGAGAACUAGACCGGCUGAAGCGCGCCCUGAGUAAGGCUGAGGCGCUCAACGCCGCUGGGGGGCCAGGGAGCCCCGGCUCGCCGCACGGCCUCCACUUCCGGACCAUGAGCCCGACGCACGACGACAUAUACCGGGACGCACCGCACCGCAUGAGCAUGGCGAGCACCCUGAGCGAGGAAAAGGAGAAUGGUGACGGUGUGCCGCACCCGCGCAGCAAGCUCAGCCCCGAGCUUAGGUACACGGGCAGCAACGCGAGCAGCGGGCGCGGGAGCCCGGCAAGGGGGUUCAGGCGGGACGUCAGUAUGGAGGAGAAGGAGCCGAGGAGUGCAGACAUGGGUGGUGCGGCGGGAUACGGCGGCGGCUACACCGAUAGGGCGGGCAGUAGAACUGGCAGCCGCGCGGGUGGCAGAGAUACGCCGUCCAGCACCACGACGACCACGACUUCUGGCAUGGAGAGUUGGAAGAGGGCAGCGGAGGUGACGAGUCAGUUGAAGGCGAGGAUCGAGCAGAUGAAGGCAAAACAAGCCAGCAGGCCGCAGUAG